AUGGCGCGAUCUUGGAACUUGGGAAACCUCCUGGCCAUGGAGGACAUGGCUGCUCACGUGGGAGCAUCCCGAACGCCCCAGGAGGUGAUGGAGCACUACGUGAGCAUGUACAUCCACGGCAACCUGGGAAAAGCCUGCAUCCCCGACACGAUUCCAAACAGAGUCACGGACCACACGUGUCCCAGCGGGGGCCCGCUCUCCCCUAGCCUGACCACACCGCUUCCGCCGCUGGAUAUAUCGGUGGCCGAACAGCAGCAGUUGGGAUACAUGCCGCUGCGGGACGACUACGAGAUCGAGUACGAUCAGGACGCAGAGACUCUGAUCAGUGGCCUUUCGGUGAACUACGACGAUGACGAUGUGGAAAUAGAGUUAAAACGAGCUCACGUAGACAUGUACGUAAGGAAACUCAAGGAGAGGCAACGGCGGAAGAACAUUGCGCGAGACUAUAACUUGGUACCGGCCUUUCUGGGAAAGGACAAAAAGGAGAAGGAGAAAACUCCCAAACGAAAGAUCACAAAGGAAGAGAAGGAGCUGAGGCUGAAACUGCGGCCUCUGUACCAGUUCAUGUCCUGUAAGGAGUUUGAAGACUUCUUUGAGAACAUGCACAAGGAGAGGAUACUUCGGGCAAAGAUUCGGGAGCUGCAGCGGUAUCGUCGAAACGGAAUCACCAAAAUGGAGGAGUCGGCAGAAUACGAGGCAGCCAGGCACAAACGGGAGAAGAGGAAGGAGAACAAAAACAUAGCGAGUUCCAAGAGAGGGAAGGAAGAUGGGAAAGAGGGCGAAUUUGCUGCCAUCGAAAACCUGCCUGGCUUUGAGCUGCUAUCGGACAGGGAAAAGGUGCUCUGCAGCUCCCUAAAUUUGAGUCCUGCACGUUACGUGACUGUGAAAACUAUAAUCAUUAAAGAUCAUCUCCAAAAAAGACAAGGAAUUCCUUCAAAGAGUCGCCUUCCCAGUUACUUAGAUAAGGUACUGAAGAAAAGGAUUUUAAACUUUCUAACAGAAAGUGGUUGGAUAUCCAGAGAUGCUUCAUGA